AUGGCUUCCUCACAUUUGCAAAGAGCCAUAGAGAACCCAACUCUUGAGCUCAAAGUUGUAUCAGCCAGUGGCCUCAGCCAUGUUGAUGCCACAGACGAGAUGGACGUAUACGCCGUCGUUUCAAUUAACGACGACAAGAAACAAGCGGCCAAAACACCCAUCGACUAUGAUGGUGGUCCAAAUCCGACGUGGAACCACACCAUUAAGUUAACCGUCAACGAAGAAGCAGCCCGUGAAGGCCUUUUAACUCUCAAGGUCGAGUUGUUUAGUUAUUGGCUCAAAGGGAAGGAUGACCUUUAUUUAGGAGACGUCGACAUCUCGGUUCAUGAGCUUUUCGACUCAACCCCGCUUCCACCGUUUGCAAACGGUAACGUCAACAAAAUGAAGUCGUUGACUUUCCCUAUCAAAGUCACAGAAGGAGGAGGUACCAACGCAAAGUUAAGCCUCUUGUACCGGUUUAAACCAGUACCGAUUAAGGAUUCGUAUCCUCUGGCGCCUCAGGAUCAUUCUCCAUCGAUUGGUCAACCCGUUUAUCCACACUCGGAUCAAACCACCACGACUAAACUGAUCCUAGAGAUUGUGAUCAAAUUAGCCAAAAACAUCGAAGAUGUCAACGCCUUCUUGGCCAUGGAUGUAUAUGCUUCGGUUGCAAUCUGUAAGGAUAGGAAAGUUAAGGAUAGGAUCAAUACACCUGUAGCUUUCUCCGCCAAUACAAACCCUAAGUGGAACCAGAAGAUUAAGUUUUUAAUCGAUGAAAAAUUAGGUCAAGAAGGGCGUUUGAUGCUCCUCGUUGAGUUGAUGAGCCACAGGCCUUUACUUGGUGAUAAGGAAAUCGGAUCUGUCAGGCUUCCGAUUCAACAACUAUUAAGCUCAAAUCCGUCUUCAUCAUCAGCCAGUGGUGAUGCUAACGGUAUGAAGUUGGAGACGCACGCUUUGACCGGUCCUUACGGGAAGAAAGGUGUCGUGAGCUUCACGUAUAGGUUUUUUGCAGAACAAAUUAGAGUUGCAACGGUUCCAACACCAUCUACAACAUCCCAACCAUAUAUUAUGUAUCUAGCGGCCAAGCCUCAUUCACUUUCGUCCUCGGAUCCGGUUCAGGUGACCACCAGUUAUGUGGCUGUUCAACAAGGUGUAAAUAGUGGGCCAAGCAACGGUCUAGUACCAAUAUAUAUGCCGCCUCAAUAUCCAUCACAUGAAUAUCAACAAUAUUCACCACGGAAGCAGCGGCCUCAAGCGCAACCGCAGCCACCACCACAACGUUCGCAGCUUAAACCACAGCCUCAGCAGCAGUUCUCUCAGUCACUACCGGAUACACAAGAAGCAUAG